AUGCGGGCCCUGCUGCUCUGCGGGGGCUGGCUGCUGGCCGCUGGCUACCUGGUGGGUGCCACAGGCAGCUGCCGGCACCGGUGCUGCCCGGGCAGGAACAAUGCCUGCUGGGCCCCCGGUGCCCGCCGGGCUCGCUGCUACUGCGACUCGUACUGCGAGAGGACGGGCGACUGCUGCCGGGACUUCCUCGCCACCUGCCGCCGCGCCGCAGUGGGCUGUGUGGUGGGGCCUUGGGGGCCGUGGAGUGGGUGCAGCUCCCUCUGUGGAGUUGGCAGCAAGACCCGCAGCCGCCAGGUCACCAUCCCACCCCGGCACGGAGGGGAGCCCUGUCCUGACCUCAAGCAGCGUCGUGGCUGCUUGGGGGAGCACCCAGCCUGCAGGACAGCGAAAGAAGUGGCUAAGAUAUCGCCCAGUUCCUUCAGCCGGGACUUCAGAGAGCCCUGUCGGAGAGCCAGGCUGGUGCCCCCAGAGGAGCCAUCUGGCUACUGCUGCUAUUUCCACCUGACGCAGGUAGGGUCUCUGAGCCACUGGCUGCACUGGGACAAGUGGGUGUGCUGGGGAGGGACACAUCCCACCACCAUCCCCAUUGCACUGGACAUGGGCUGUAAGGAGCCAGAGCGCAGGACUGGCGCCUGCCGGCGGGGUCCCCAGUACCGCCGGGCCGGGCAGAUGGCAGCGGGGAGCGGAUGUGGCCGCAUCCUGCUCCGCGGCCGGGCGGGGCCGGUACCGGGCCCAGCAGGCGGCCCCGGGGGAAACGGGCGUGGCACGGACAGCUCAGCCAGGCGCUGGGGCUCGGCCCUGCUGCUGCAGCCAUGA